CGCCCUACUACCGUGUAGGGCUUCCCGUUCAGAGUGAACCGCGUCCCUGAGGUCUUGAUGAAGCCUGUCGAAACGGGCGGCAGGGCGGAUGUUGUUGUGCUGUGAGUGCUGGAAGGAGGUGCACUGGUUACGCUGUGACUGCUGCUCGAUGGCGGGGCCGUUGUGGUGCUGUGGGUACUCGACGGAGGCGCACUCGUCGUGGCGGGAAUACAUUGAGAAAAGUACGGGUUUGAGACAACGCAUGUCCAGCCCGUCGUGCAAGCUGCAUAUACGAAUUCAGAAGGAACUCAACCGGCGACGCAAACGCUUACUGGUCGGUCCAGUCCAUUGCAACCCGCCACAUUGGCCCCAUACGGGGGCUUGCGCCAAUGCCACUGCAGCGAGCGAGAGCGCAAGGAACGUCGAUCUUAUCAUUGCGUGCAGCGUGCUGAGGGAGGCAAUGAACCGCGUCCAGUAGCGGACUUUUCUCGCUCAUCUAUCGGCACACAGGGCGCGAAUAUAUGUGCUCCCACGGAUAAUUGCGCGGAUCAGCUAUCGUUUACAGUUCGAACGACGAUCAUGCUCGAUCACGAGUCGUCGGGAGCAGCUUUCGGAGGCAUUGGCGGGGUUGGUUUGGCAUUGAUAGCUGUGUACAAUCAACAUC